CAAGCGCAGGAAUUCCGGAAGAGGGGAACUUGAAACAAGCAGCAACGAUGUAAACAAUCUAAAAAAAAACGACAAAACAACAAAUUAACUCUUAACCUGGCAGAGAGAAUAAAUAGAAAAUGGACAACUAUCAUGUUCUGGAAAUUAUUGGUGAAGGAUCUUUUGGUAAAGUGUAUAAAGGGAGAAAAAAGUUUUCAUCACAGGUGGUGGCCUUAAAAUUCAUUCCAAAAGUAGGAAAACCAGAAAAGGAGUUGAGAAACUUACGAAGAGAGAUAGAGAUUAUGAGAAACUUACAUCAUACAAAUAUAAUUGAAAUGUUGGACAGUUUUGAAACUGACAAAGAGGUUGUUGUUGUGACAGAUUAUGCUGAAGGAGAAUUAUUCCAGAUUUUAGAAGAUGAUGGAAGUUUGCCUGAGGAACAGGUACAGGUAAUUGCCUGUCAAUUGGUAUCAGCUCUGUAUUAUCUCCACUCACACAGGAUACUCCAUAGAGACAUGAAACCACAGAAUAUCCUACUGGGAAAAGGGGGGAUAAUCAAGCUUUGUGAUUUUGGAUUUGCCAGAGCUAUGAGUUUUAACACUCUGGUUCUAACAUCCAUCAAGGGUACACCAUUGUAUAUGUCACCAGAACUUGUUGAAGAGAAACCUUAUGAUCAUACAGCUGACUUGUGGGCUUUAGGUUGUAUCCUGUAUGAGUUGUUUACUGGUACCCCACCCUUCUACACUAACAGUAUAUUCCAGCUAGUUAGUCUGAUCAUUAAGGAUCCAGUCAAGUGGCCUAAAAACAUGUCAUCAAUAUUCAAGGACUUUUUACAAGGUCUACUGACAAAGAAUCCAAGGUCAAGGUUGGCCUGGCCAGAUUUACUGAUGCAUCCAUUUGUUGGGGAUGGAGUUACAGUUAAAGAUGAGGAUACCAAGUUACCAAGUCCCUUUACACAACCCCUCACAGCUUCUAUGGUGUUUAGAAAGGAAAAGCAGGCACAAGAGAAAGCACACCCACCCGGAACCUCUAAAAUACUGGCUAAGGCUCGUAAGAAGGCUAUGGAGGAAGAGAAAAAGUCUGACACAGAUGGACAACUAUAUAAAGGUAAAGAGCCACCAGCACCAAAUGGAGAAAAAAUAUCAUCUAGUAAAGAGGCAUGGGGUCCAAGUAAAAAAGGACCAGAGAAAGACAAAGAAAAGGAAAAGGACCCCACUCCUCCACCUCAGGAACAAGAAAGACAUCACUCCGAGGAAUGGCAGGAUGCUAGUCUAAGUGAAGAUAAAGAGCCAGAAAUUGAGAAUAUAAGUCCAACACCAAGACCAGAUAGAAUAAGUAAAGACUAUGAGAAAGAAUAUCCCAGUAUAGAGAUUGAAGGACGUACAACAGUACGCAGGAUACCGGAGAGAGAGAAAGAUAAGAAUAAAGAGAAAGAUAGAAAUAAAGAGAAAACUAAAACUAUUGAAAAUGUUAAACUGGAUGGAGAGGAGGUUUGUAGUGAUGAUGAAUGGGAAGGACUAAUUGAUGCUACUGAUCAGGAAGGGGAUCCAGAGCAGGCUAUACAGAUGCUCAAAGACAGUAAAUUUCAUGCUCGACUGAACACAAGGAUACAGAAUAGUUCUACACAAGUAUUAGAUGGCAUGCUGGAAGGAGCGGCGAAAUUAAAAUCAGUUCUCAGAAUUAUAACUAAUUUAAUUACACUGAAAUGUGAUUUGAAGUGGAUCUUGACUUUUGUGAAGGCUUUAUCAAUUCCUCAGCAGCCACUUAAAAUGAUUCAUAAUAUUCUGAGUAAACCUACAGUCAGGCAGCAACCCUGGUGCCAGCAGAUACUGAUAGACUUAGUGAUAACAGUUAAUGCCUACUUUGCUAGUGAGGUCAGCUGGAACGAGGACAUCGAUAAAGAAGUAGGACAACUGUACUUAAAUGCCAUGACAGAAUAUAUGUCUUUAGUUCCAAAGUUACUGAAUGUGUCAUCAGAUGAAGAUUUACGACUCCGAGAACAAGUUAUUUUGUGCUCAAUGUAUACAUGUGAGGCAAUGGAAAGAGACAAAUUAAAGAUUGGGAACCAGUAUUUUACUCAUCUGGCUGCUAAAGAAACUGAUGCGAUUGAUGCCAUACUUGCUUGCUGUAAAUUAGAAGAAGCUCGCUUAAAAAAGUUAAUAGAAUGGGAUAUACUGGAAGAACUAACGGAUGGAAAUGAAGAUAUGGCAGGGGAAAGAAUGGACAUGCUUAUCUCUCUUGGGGUUACCACAGUGGCUGCCAUGGUGAAUCUGCCUCUUACUGCUGAUGAUGCUGUUGAUGGUCGUAGAAAGAUUGGACAUUAUUUAGGAGACAAGAUGGCAUGUAAAGGAAAUGAAAAGCAGACAGACGAAUUCUUUAUGUUACUGAGACAUCCCCUCUUCUGUACAAAUGUACUCAAAAUAAUGUAUGCCUGUUGCCAAGUGUCUACCACAUUGUGUUCAUAUAUUUCUAAUCAAGUGCAGCAUAUGGAUUCUCUAAUGGGGAUCCUUAUGGGCAAGGUUGAGAUCCAAGACAUGGAAGUUAAUUCUGUAAUAGAGAUGAUUCUUCAUAUAUACAGUACUAUAGUCAUACAGUUACAAACUAUGCCAACUGCAAUAACAGAUGCAGCUAGUGUGAUGAUCUCAAUCUUCCUGGAAUCUACAAUAGCUAGUCAUACAGCCGCUGCAGCUUUGGUAUUUAGUCAGAUGAUAUACUGUGGACUGACUGUAGAGGUACAACCUGAGGAGAUGCUACAGGCAUGUCUGGCUGUGUUUACUGAUCUACAACAGAUAUGUGUCAGGUGCCCAUUUGAUUAUGGAGUAUUAGAUGGACUACUAUUGUUACUGUGUGAAAUGUUGGCACAGACUGAAGGUCCUGUAGCUCAGAUGUACAUAGAGACUGGUAUAUGGGGUACAUUAUGGCACCGUGUGGCCCAGGCCUUACAGGUCAUCAAUCUAGAGACCGACACCCCCAUACACGAUAUAGACCAAGAUGGGGAGAAUGUAGUGGGGUUCAAUCCUCCUGAUUGGACCCUUGUCUCGCCACAAGGUCUAAUGGCUGUUCUUCAGAUGGCUGUUACUGUAUUUACUAAGGAAACUAACCAGUGUAUCCCUAACCUUGCUGUCCCUGAUAGUAUCAUACUGUUAACAAUAGUUCAUCUGUUACAUAAAGACUUUCUAUCAUCUGUAUAUAAUGGGUUUCACUGUGAUGGUCCCCAGUUGACUGCUGACAUGAUACUAGAGGUCACACAGUUAUGUUGUUUUCCAUUUGCUGUAGAUAUUGCAGAGGAGCUGCUUCAUCAAGUCCAACAGUGUUUAUUUAAUGCCAGUCUCCUCCCACGACUGAUAUUUUGUUGUACAAAGUAUCUGAAGAAUGAACAACUUGAAAUCCCUAUCAAUCUGAUGUUACGACUGGUUCUCGGCAGUCAGCAGUUCCUCAAACAAUUUUGUAAAUGUGUCAAAGAGCAGAAGACUGUAUCGUUGUUAACCCAGUGUACACAGUCAACUUCCUCAACUGUUGUCAGUGAUGUAGUGUCUAUCUGUAGCCAUCUUGUCAGAAUGUCGCCCCAGCAUGCUCCAUUCGUUAAGUCUGUGUUUCAUGGCAGUAAAGGAGAUUAUGAUCCAUUAUUAAAGUUGAUAAAGCAUAACUCAGCGACUGUCAGAUCUAGAGCCUGCAGUCUGGUGGGGAAUCUCAUGAAACACAACAGUCACAUGUAUGGUGUACUUAAACAAAGGGAAAAGUUAUUGAAUGGUUUAAUAGCUGGGUUAAAGGAUGAAGAUCCAAACGUUAGGAAGGGUUCCAGUUAUGCCAUAGGUAAUGCAGCCUACCACAAUGGAGACCUUUAUGUAAAGUUAAAACCAUGUAUACCAUUGUUAGUGGAACUUCUGAGAGAUCCUGUCUCUAAAACUAAGGCAAAUGCUGCUAGUGCUUGUGGCAAUUUAGGUGCACACUCUAAUGUUCUAUGUUUAGAAUUAAAGAAACAAAAAAUCAUUCCUAGGUUAUUAGAUCUUGCCUGUCAUGACCAGAAUCAGGGUGUACAAGUUAAUGCUAUACUUGCUUUACGUACCUUGUCUCAACAAGAUGAACUUAAAAAGGAAAUGAUGAAUCAGAAGGCUGUAGAUAAACUAAAUGCCAUAUCAGUUGCCACAACACCAAGACCAUUGUCAAGGUCAUCUAAAAGCCAAAGUUUGUUGAUAAACAGUUUCCAUAGUAACAAUGGAUCAAGUAGUGUUGUGUAUUCACAUUGUAGCAAACUUGUCAGAAUGUUACAAGGGAAAGGAUGAUUUAUUACAGAAAAAUAGAAUAAUAUUGCACAUAAUAAAUAAUGACUGACAUGUGAUGACCUUGGAGUAAAACAAAACAAUGAGUGUCACAUACAAACGAUGCAUGACCAAAGGAAGCUAGAAGAUCUAUGCAAACAUUAAAUGUCCAUCCAAUCAGUGUUGUAUUGUCAGUAUAUGAGAAACCCUCCAGUAUAUCUUUUCUGUCUGUUCUUCAUACUUGACAUUUUUAUGUGAUUGUAAGAUGCCGUCCAGUCUCUAUCUUUUUACUAUCAUAAUACAUAUCACAAUAUUGUAUAUUAUGUCAAAAAACCAUGUUUUACAAAAUGGUAAAUGGGAUGUUUUUGGAUUUCGUUAUCACUUAAUAGUUCUUUUUCUAACUUAAUAGAUGAAGUUGUUUUUGUUAUGUUAUUGUUAUGAAUAUUUAUCUUUUCUAAGUUUUUUUUCAUCCUCACUUUUAAGAACCACUUUAACAUAAUACAUUGUAUCACUAAAUACAUAUAAAAUAAGGAGUCAUCAUUGGGGGGAGGGGUAGGAGGGGUCCUCACCCAAAUUCCCAGACUUAAAAACAUGAAAUCUUGUCUUGAGGUCCCAAAUUUGAAAAAUUGAAAUCUUGCCAUCCUGAAACUAGAAAAAAACAAAUUCCUUGUUCCUGAAAGGGUUAAUCUUGAUAUCCCGAGCUUAAAAACACUUGAUCCUGGUGUCCUGAUAAAAGUCCUACACCUCGCAUCAUUUGACAUUGCAUUCUGUAAAAUACUACCUACUGGACACAAAGUGACCUGCAGCUGAUAUUUAAGAAUAUCAUUAAAAUAAUUUAUAUACAUAUAUCACUUUCAUAAGUAACUUACUAUUUGUUGGCAGCAUUUUUUUGUUAUGCUUAAAAAACGUAAUUUUAUUUACCUCAUUGAUUGUUUUUAUUGUCUAAAUACAAAAUAAUCAUCGUAUUUUUUCAUAUAUUAAUAAACAAUUAAUAUAUCAUA